GCUAAAAGGCCGCAUGACGUUCUUGCAGGGCAAUUCGGGUUAGGGUUUCGAUCCCAGAUGUCGGACCGCAGCCGCUGUCCGCCGCCAUCUUCAUUUUAUCCGGCCAAGAGGCCCUCGGUUUCGGACAAUCCAAUCAAGAAGGUCACCAGGGCUGCCAAGUCCCAAUUGGCAAAGAAGCGACCCGCUCUCGCGGACGUCUCGAACCAAAGAAAUGGCUCUAAGUGUAAUUCACGGACUUCGCUCCUUUCGUCCAAGCCUCUGGUACCAUGUGUGGCUAAAAUUGCCAAAGCUAAGAAGGAAUUGUCUGCUAAUGAGAAUAUAGGCUUCCCUGGGAAAACUUUGCCUUCAUCCUUGAGCUUGAAAUCAAAUGUCUUGGUUCCCUCCAAGGAUACAUCUUUCCCAGGAAGUGAUCAACCUAUUGCUAGUGCCGUGGUCCUUUCUGCUCCAUGCAGCAAAGAGCCUGUUCAUCCUGCUCCAAGUAGCAUACUUCAUGGACUCAGAGGUGUUGAUGUUUCUCCAAGUGGAUCAGUUAGUGGUUCCAUUUCAAUGGAUGAGAGCAUGUCUACCUGUGAUUCCUUGAAGAGUCCACAAUUUGAAUAUAUUGACAAUGAGGAUGCUUCAGCAGUUACAUUGAUUGAGAGGAAGACGAGUAAUAGUCUCUACAUUUCGGACAAUGCAGAAAAAACAGGGAAGGUCUGCGAGAGAGGUAUACCUGUGGAGAUGGAAACAGUGGAUAAAGUUGUUGAUAUUGAUAACAAUUUCAUGGACCCACAGUUCUGUGCAACCAUUGCUUGUGAUAUCUACAAGCACUUGCGUGUAUCAGAGGCAAAUAAAAGACCUUCAACAGACUUCUUGGAAAGGAUCCAGAAGGACAUUAAUACUAGCAUGCGUGCAAUACUGAUUGAUUGGCUUGUGGAGGUUGCGGAAGAGUACCGGCUUCUACCUGAUACACUAUUUUUGACCAUUAACUACAUUGAUCGUUAUCUUUCUGGCAAUUCGGUGAAUAGGCAACGGUUGCAAUUGCUUGGUGUUGCAUGCAUGAUGAUUGCUGCUAAGUAUGAGGAGAUCUGUGCACCCAGUGUGAAUGAGUUCUGUUAUGUAACUGAUAAUACGUACUUGAAGGAGGAGGUUUUGCAAAUGGAAUCUGCUGUGCUGAAUUACUUGAAAUUUGAAAUGGCAGCCCCAACAGCUAAAUGUUUUUUGAGGCGAUUUGUUUGUGUUGCUCAAGCUACCAGUGAGGUUCCAUCAAUGCAGUUGGAGUGCUUGGCCAACUACCUUGCGGAGUUAUCUCUUUUAGAGUAUAGCAUGCUUUGUUAUUCCCCAUCAGUAUUAGCUGCUUCUGCUACUUUCUUGGCCAAAUUUAUACUUGUACCCUCAAAAGAACCCUGGAAUUCUACAUUGAGGCAUUACACACUUUACCAAGCUUCUGAUUUGAGUGAGUGCGUCAAGGCGCUACAUGGCCUGUGCUGUAAAGGCACUAAUUCUAAUCUACCUGCAAUUAGGGAGAAGUACAGCCAGCAUAAGUACAAGUUCGUGGCAAAGAAGCACUGCCCUCCUUCAAUACCUCUGGAGUUUUUCCACUAACUGAGCAACUAGGCAUGUACAUCACUCUUCGAAAUUCAAUAAACUGUACAUAACUAGGCAUGUAUGAAGUUUUGAAUCCAGUAGCUCUGUACCUACUGUUUGAUAGUCAGGGGAUCUUCUCAUCUUACUGUUUUCUCAGACGUAACUCACAUAGGUUACCUCCUGUACAGUUGUUGCGCUUGAAUUGAAUUUUCAGUAUACAGUAAGGUCCAAGAUGUAUUGAGAACCGUUUCUUCUAGUGAUGAAAGAAUAUUAAGCAGAUAUGUCGAUCAGCAGGUUUACUUUUCGAUAAGAAAAUUUUUAUUAGAUGAUAUUAUUACCUAA